AUGUCUGGCCCCCAGUCUCGUCUGGGCUCUGUCCUCAGCCACCUGGUCGGUUCCUCCUCGAAAGCCCCCCACACCAGCGACACCAGCAGCAGCAAUGGAGCCGAUUCGCCACACAAGCACGCGCUGACGCCGACCUUCUUUCUCGAGCGCGCUGCAGCCAUCGAGCCAGACGCCGAAGCGAUCGUGCACAUUACAGCCAACGGCGGCACACUACGACGCAGCUACAGAGACUUUGCCGAGCGUGCCCGAGGAUUGGCGUGGUAUUUUAUGCACCACGGCUACCGGCGCAUCGGCAUCUUGGCACCCAACACGCCGGCCUUUCUCGAGACGAUCUUCGCGGCUGGAGCCUGUGGCGGUGUGCUGGUGCCGGCCAACUACCGGCUGACGCAAGGCGACAUCGCCUACAUCUUCGACUUUGCCGACGUCGACAUUAUCGUGGCAGACGCACAGUUCGCAGCGCUGCUGACGGAGGGCAGCGGCAACUUUGCUGCGAGCCAUGCGGGCGUGCCCAUCCUAGUGGACGCGGACAUGGACGCGACCGAGGGUGAGCUGCGUGGCGCGUAUGACGCAGCGGUGAUGGAGGGUCUGCGGCUGGAGAUGGCGGGCGGCCACCACCACGAGCAGGGCCCGGGCAACGGGUGGGCCGCGCUGCGGACGGCGGUGGCAGCAGUGCGUGGAACGGCAGAGCUAGAUGAGGAUUCGGUGAUUGCGGUGCCGUUCACGUCGGGGACCACGGCACGACCCAAGGGCGUGGAGUUUACGCAUCGCGGGGCAUAUCUGGCGGCGCUGGCCAACGUGGCCGAAGCCGGACUCAACAUGACGGGGGCGGACGAGUCGAUUAUGGCGUCGGGUCCAGAGACCAAGGAUCCCGGGCGAUGUCGCUAUCUCUGGACGCUGCCGCUGUUCCACGCCGUCGGCUGGACGUAUCCGUGGGCCGUGUGUGCAGUGCGCGGAACCCACGUGUGUCUGCGCAAGAUCGACUACGCGCUCAUCUGGCGGCUGCUGCGCGAAGAAGCCGUGACACACUUCAAUGCAGCGCCGACGGUCAACACGCUGCUGUGUGCGGCGCCCGAGGCCACACGGCUGGUACGGCCUGUGAGCGUGACGGUGGCGGCGAGUCCGCCGACGGCCCACCUGUUCGAGAAGAUGGUGAAUCUCAACCUCCGACCUGUUCACGUGUACGGCCUGACCGAAACCUACGGCCCCAUCACACGUGGCUAUGUGCUGCCGGUCUGGAACCAGCUGCCGACCCAUGAGAAGUUUGCACGCAUGGCACGACAAGGCCACGGGUUCCUGACCAGCUUACCGGUACGGGUGAUCAAGCCGGCUACCGAGUCAGAAGCCGGUACGGCGUCCAGACCGCUAGUCGAGGAUGUUCCACGCGACGGCCAGACGAUUGGCGAGAUCGUCUUCCAGGGCAACAUCUGCGCGCGCGGCUACUACAAGGACCCGGCGGCGACGGCGAAGCUGUUUGCCGGCGGGGUGCUGCACUCGGGCGACCUGGCGGUGUGGCAUGCUGACGGCAGCAUCCAGAUCCUCGACCGGGCCAAGGACAUUAUUAUUUCGGGCGGCGAGAACAUCUCGUCCGUGGCGCUUGAGAGCACGCUCGUGGAACAUCCUGACGUGCUCGAGGCUGCCGUCGUGGCCGUGCCCGACUCGCACUGGGGCGAGCGGCCCAAGGCGUUUGUCACCGUGCGGUCUGGCGCUGCUGCGUUCGACCCGGCUGGCUUCCUCGACUGGGUCAAGCACCAGAGCGGUAUCAGCCGCUUCAUGGUCCCGCGUGAGGUCGAGGCCGUCGUCGAGCUGCCCAAGACCAGCACCGGCAAGCUCAAGAAGACGGUGCUGCGCGACUGGGCCCUCAAGGGGACCCCGCCAGAGAUGCGUCAGACCUGA